AUAUCUUUUCGUCAUUUUGAUUGGCCGUUCAGAAUCGAAAACAUGUGCUUACCUAACUAAAUUGUACUCGCCGUUACGAAUAUUCGAUUAAAACAUAAUAAUUAUUAAUUGAAAUGGCAGGAAUCAAUUUUAAAGAUGAAGAAGAAGUUAAAGAAUAUCUGAAAAACCUUCAUAUUGAGUAUCAAUUCGGUUGUUACAGUGAGAAAAAGCCCGAAGUUUGUCAUCUACUGGGAGAUUAUAACGAAGCAAUUAAAGUAAAUCACAGUGAGGCGGGGAAAAUAUAUAAAAAGAAUUGUGACGACUACAAUUUUGGUAGAAGUUGUACAAAAUACGGCGAAUAUGUCUAUGUGGGUAGAGGGUGUAAGAGAAAUACUAUGGAGGCAUACAAAUACAUGAAAAAAGGAUGUGAGGCCAAUGAUGCAAAGGGUUGUCUCGAUACAGGUAUUUUUGCAAUCUCAGAGGAGAAUCUAGAAAAUUCAAAAGAAUCCCAAAUUUCUCUUGGAAUGGACGUGUUAAAGAAAGCUUGUGAUGCUAAUCUUGAUUCAGCUUGUUUUUAUUUAUCUGGUAUUUAUAUGAGGGGAAUAGAAGGAUUUGUCGAGAAAAGUAUGAAAGAUGCAUACACAUAUUCUUUGAAGUCUUGCGAAGCAGGAAACCCUUAUGCAUGUUCCAAUCUAUCUAAGAUGCAUAGAAUCGGAGAUGGUGUGAAAAAAAGUGAAGAGAUGGCAAAACUUUUUAAGAGUAAAGCCAACCGAUUACUGGAAGAAUUAAGAAAGAAUAAACCGCAGUUACAGUUUCAACAGGGUAUUGACCCGUAACUGAAUUUUUUGCAUUUAAAUUAUACUGUACAGCAGAUACAUUGAAGUGUUGAAACUGUAAUUGUAGUUUGUUUAAAGUUUUUUUUGUCACUUUUUUGUUAAAAGUACAAUAGAUAUCUCCUAUUUAUAUUUACUUUCGUUCACGAUACAGAACGAUGAGUUUGACCAGCAUGAAAUUGUUACUGUUAAUAUAACGAUUAAAUGAAUCGUUAUGCUUUU